AUGCCUAAACCGGCCGGCGUCACGUCAGGACGAGAUGGGGCCAAAAUUACAAGGAAUGAGAAGUUUGCCAUGUCUUGGGCCAAAGCAAGGGCAGAUAACACAGAUAUGUUUUCCCGAAAUACACCUGACAACGUCAGCGGUACCGGAAGUAAGCACAAAGAUGUAGGCUUUCCUAAAAUUCACAAAGAGGAAACCAAAAGAGGUGUUAGACAGAACAGCCGAGCAUCAACACAGACCCGAGAGACCCCUCUGCUGAGUGCUCCUAACAGUGGGGUCAGUAGCCGUCGAGGUGGGUCUGACAGUGAUCGGGUGCUAUUUACAAACACCUGGGCACAGGUGCAACGGAGGAGGAAAGCCUUACAGAAGACAGCCGCUAAAUGCGGUAUCAGAUCUGCUCAGAAGACAGACACACUACUAGAAAAUCAGCCCGUUGUGAAUGACGUUAAAGAGGUGACAAAACUGUACACAGCCAUGACGGUCGGGAUUCGUCCUUAUCCCAGGACUGGUGGUGGACGAGGGGUGCUGAAUGGAAGCCAGUCAAAUCCAGAAACACUGAAUUCACAUAAUAAAACCUCAGAGUACAUACUGAGCCGACGCGAAGCAGAUACCUACCGCAGAAUCACCAAGGUAUAUGAUGGCAACACAGAGGCUGUUAAAAGACAGUCUCGGUUUUAUCAGCAGCUAGAAGAUGUACAGGAAAAAGUCCUCAAGCAGAAGAUUAUCGAAAACUCCAAGAAGAAAAGAGAAAAUGAAGAAGCCAAAAAACGACAUAAAAGACAGCUCAGAGACGUGAGGGAGCGGUACAUGGCGGACAAGAUGAGCCGGUUUUCACAUCAGCACAUCUCGCGGAAGAUCAUAGAAGCAGAGGAAAGUGACCGAGAGAUAUACGGUCUUCCUAAUGAGUACAGUGAGACGGAAAACAAGAAAACGUCCAAAAAGCACACCAACAAAAGUCGACCAUCCAAUCCUGAAGACCGUACAAAACGGAAUAUGAAAAAAUUCGGCUUCCUGUUUGCCAUUCAGUUCAGGCAGAAUCUUCAGUCCACUGUCAGGCAGCGCCCAAAGAUGGAAGGAAUAGAUACAGUGGUUAUUGCAGAAAAGACUAAAGGUAACGUUACAAAGGAGAGGAAAUACUCUGUCCAGGAUAUCUUAUUAGACGCCAAGAGAUGUCUCCGAGAACCAACACCCACAGUGUCCGGAAACCCCAGUGGGAGGUUAUCAGUCAUCAGUGUUGACUUGGACGAGGAAGAUUUGUUCGAGAAAGCCCGUAAAAAAUACGGCGUAGAGAUGAACAGUGACGAUGACGACGAUGGCGAUGUGAACGACAGGAAAUAUUUAUAAACACAUUAAGUCAGGGAUCGACGACCAGCGAUUUGACACGAAUCCAGAGGC